AUGACCCCCUCUGAGGCGGUGACUGACACACCCAGUGCCUUGUUCCGUCUCAAGACAGGAACCGACUCUGCCACCCCGUCUACGAACGGUGUGAUCGCGCAAAACCUGCUGCGACUGUCCUCGUUACUGGAGGACGAGUCCUACAAGCUCAAGGCCAGGCAAACAUGCCACGCCUUUGCGGUAGAGAUCAUGCAGCAUCCCUUCCUCUUCGUUGGCAUGUUGGAUGUCAUCGUCGGCCUGGAGAUAGGUACGAAGAGCGUAACGGGCGUUCUGGGACGAGCAUCCGCGACGGGAGAUGACAGUGUAAAAGCGGAGAGUGAUCUGAUACGCAAGAUUCGUGCUGAGGCAGGUCGUACUGCAUCGACUAGUGCCGCGGUUCUCUCCAUGGUCGAUGUUCGUCAGUCACGGACGGACCAGUCCAGCUGGCUUCGCGAGCGAAACCCGCUGUUCAAGGAACUUUCGUCUGGAAAGGACUAUAUGCUCAUCUGCGAGGCGGGAUCCUGUCGAACGGUCGAUGUAGUCUAG